AUGAGAGAGGUCGCUGGUCGGCCUGUCUCCAUUGACGAGGGAUCACCGCUAAUGCCUUCUUCUCCGGAUGGGGACGGGCAUGGACAUGGCCGUGGAGAUGAAGACAUCCGUCCGCUGAAUGGUGGUGUUGAUCAUGAGAGGUCUAAGAAUGCUUUGUAUAUGUUGCUCUUGACCUUGCCGAUUGGAGGCCUUCAGGUUGUGUGGUCUGUUGAAUUGUCUAAUGGGUCGCCUUACCUCUUAUCCCUUGGGAUGAGCAAAGCCCUUCUGGCGUUUGUCUGGAUCGCCGGUCCUUUGACAGGUGGGCUGGUGCAGCCCUAUAUCGGCAUCAGAAGUGACAAUUGUCGCAGUUCAUGGGGCAAGAGGAAGCCGUUUAUGGUCGUUGGCGGUGCAGCUACCAUAGUCGCAUUGCUAUCCCUAGCAUGGGUGAGAGAGCUUGUGGGCGGUUUCUUGUCGAUAUUUGGCGUGGGUUAUGGUUCCCAGGGAAUGAAGAUUGUUGUCAAUAUCGUGGCUACGAUUCUUAUGUAUUGCCUGGAUUUCGCUAUCGCUACCGUGCAAGCUGCAAUCCGAGCAUUCAUUGUCGACAACUGUCCCUCACACCAGCAAGAAUUGGCUAAUGCCUGGGCGAGUCGGCUAAUCGGGAUUGGCAACAUCCUAGGUUAUAUCCUUGGCUAUCUACAUCUGCCAAAGAUUGUACCGUUCCUGGGAAAUACCCAGUUCAAGGUUCUUUGUGUACUCGCCUCCGUCUCGUUGACUGUUACCGUCGCCAUCAGCUGCGCCUACAUCAAAGAGCGUGAUCCUCGACUCGACCCGCCUGUGGAAGACAAGCUUGGGAUUGUCUCGUUUUUCCGCCAGGUCAUCAAGUCUAUCCGCAGACUCCCGACGCAGAUUGCUCGUGUCUGCGAGGUACAGAUUGCUGCAUGGGUGGGCUGGUUCCCGUUCCUGUUCUACUCUACGACCUAUAUCGGACAAUUAUACGUCAACCCGAUCUUCGCUGAAAACCCCAACCUCCCCAAAGAGAAGAUCGAUGAGGCUUGGGAGGAUGCUACCCGGAUGGGCGCAUUCGCUCUCCUCAUCUACGCCAUAAUCUCGUUCCUCGCAAAUACACUACUCCCUCUGUUCACGGUGCCCACGUACAGCCCCUCCCCAAAGACAACCUCGCAACCGGCCUCUCCAAGUGGUGACUACAACGAAGACGAAGAACCGACUGGCAGGAGAUUAUCAUUCUCAGGAAUGCCGAUAGGCACUGCAUCUGAGCCCCUCCUCGACGCAACCCCACACCAUGAAGCAGAGGGCAAACCAACCUGGCUUUCACGUCUACAAGUACCAGGUCUAACUCUCAAACAGGUCUGGUUUUUUUCUCACCUCCUUUUCGCCCUUUGCAUGUUCAGCACUUUUUUCAUCUACUCCCACCAAGCGGGAACCGCAUUCGUCGGACUAGUCGGUAUCCCCUGGGCCGUUUCCCUCUGGGCCCCCUUCGCUCUCAUCUCCGCUGAAGUUGCUCGCAUUGACCCCUCCCGGCGGCGUCAUCGCCAUGUUGAGAGGGCUUUCGAUGAGCCUGGUGCUUCUGUCGGUGGUAUGAACUACCAAUGUGAAGCCCAAGAGGUUCAUGAUGAGGACGAGGAGCAUGGUGAUCAUGAAAGUGACAUUGUUUGUGAUGAUGUUGAACCGGGUCAUUCUAAGCACGAGGAUGAUAGCAGUGUAGCCCAGGCUGGUAUCGUCCUUGGGCUGCACAACAUGGCUGUUUCAUUCCCGCAAAUUCUGUCUAGUCUUGUUUGCAGUGCUAUCUUUAAGGCAGCACAGAAACCUAGAGGGGAGCCAUGGGAUGAUAGUGUUGGGUGGGUGCUACGAUUUGGGGGGUGUGCUGCUUUGGUGGCUGCUUGGUUGACAAGGAGACUUCGUUGA